UAAGGCUGACCGGGCUAAUUUAGGGGUCGAGAAAAUCAGGAAGUGUGACAGCGAAGUUUCCGUUUCCACAAACAAAAAAAACAGCAGCCAGCUCGGGAGAGAGGGGGACGUGUGUGUGUGUGUGUGUGUGUGCGUGCUCGCGCUUCUGGCCUCUCUGUCCGCCGUAUCGACCGCCGUCGUCUCGAUGUGAUCUAUUCAUCUUUUCCUCUCCUUUCUUUUUUCUCUUUUUUCUCUUUUUUUUGGGGAGGAAUGAUGGCUGAUAAUGACACGAUUUCCAUAGAGGAUAUUUUAAAAGAGUUUGACACUGGACGUCUGAUCCUGGCGUUCAGCCUGUCCAUGGUGGUGGGCCUGCUCCUGGGCAGCCUGAUCUACGUGGUCAUGACGUGGAUGUCCCGCCGCCGAGCCUCGGCCAGCAUCACCCGGCGGCCGCCCCGUCACUCCCGCGGCUCCGCCCGCGGCCUCCUGCACGGCCGCUCCUUCAACCGCGGCAGCGGGGGCGGGGGCGCCGGCGUGGGCGGCUUCGACCGCCGCAGCAACAACAGCCUGGUCGCCUUCGGCUUCCAGCGCCAGGCCUCGCUGGACCUGGCCGACCCGCCCGGCCGCAAGAACAGCUUCAGGGCCUCCACCUUCCACCCGCUGGUGCAGUGCAGCCACAUCGCCCGCGAGGCCGAGGAGGGCGGCCAGGGCUCCCUGCCGCUCACCCCGCCCACCGCUAACGCCAACGCUAACGCUAACGCUAACGCGGGAUCCACCCCUCCCCGGCCGGACUCCUUCUGGAGCAACAGCAGCCUGCGGGGGUUCCACGCCUCGCAGACUCCCCCGCCGGCCUACGAGAGCGUGAUCCGGGCCUUCCAGGAGACCUGCACCUGAGCCGCGAGCUCGUAGAGCGUGUGUGAGAGAGAGAGAGAGAGAGGGAGAGAGGGAGGGAGUAGAGAGAGAGACUGCCCCCUGGUGGGAACACCCGCCACCCUGGGACUGUUGGGACGCUAACGUGCUAACGUGCUACCGACUCCUCUGUAAUGGAAGGUGGCUCUGUGUAACAUUGUGUGUGUGUGUGUGUGUGUGUGUGUGUGUGCAUAAUUGUGUGUCUAUGUGUGUAUGGGUGUGUGUGUGUAUGGGGGUGUAUGUGUGUGUGUGCAUGUGUGUAUGUGUGUGUGUGCGUGUGCAUGCGUGUAUGUGUGUGUGUGCAUGUGUGUGCAUGCGUGUAUAUGUGUAUGUGUGUGUGUAUAUGGGUGUGUGUGUAUGUGUAUGGGUGUGAGUAUAUGGAUGUGUGUGUGUGUGUAUGGGGGUGUAAUGUGAUAUCCGUAUGGAGCCCCUCCCCUUCUCCAAGAACAGAGUUGGGUUCUUAGAUGGGGAAAAUGCGCUGUGCGUGCAAAACUGCACGUACAUUAAAUAAAACUCCAACCAUUUCUGUGGCCCACCAGGGUGCCAACUCCAAAUUCCAGAUGGGGUUCGUGGUUAUAAUUAUAGAAAAGAUCAUUUAAUGAUCUGGUUUAAUAAGCAAAUAUGUAAUUUGUAAAAUGAGUACCCCAAGAAGUCGGCUGCAAUCUCAGUAGGAGGGUAAUUUGAUUAGUACAAACAGGCUAUUAGUCUCAAACAUUGGGCUGAUAAGUUAACACAAUACACUCUGAUCUGAAGACAUCUUGUUUUUUCUUUAUAAUAUGCAGGCCAGCUCUCACACGUAUUCCACAUCCAUGGGUCCACUAAGUCACGGCAUACUAAUUUCUGAUAAUAAUUCUCAUACACGCCAGAGAAAGACCAGAACACUGAAAUUGAUCAUUAGAAUAAUAAUUUCACACCAAGUAAAAUACAUGCCUGUAACUUGUAUCCCAGAAUGAAAAGUUGGACACUUGCCUAUACUAUACAGAACAGACUUGUGCAAAACACCUGUGCACUUAUACAUAGUAAUACAUGCCAGUACAUUUUAUAAAUUUGUAUUCCCCCCCAGAACAUUUUGCUACAGCAAGUGUUGUUUUGAAUAAUCUUGUUUAUUUUUGUUUGAUGUUUUUUGUAUUUAAUAAUAUUGCAAACAUUUAAUUGAAAUAAAGCCUGAAUUUGUAUUA